AUCGGUCACUACGUAAAUCACAUAAGACGAAGAGAAAAAAAACCUACCAUAGGUUACCGAUUUAAUUAUAAUUUCUGUGAGAAAAAGUUAUUAAUCAUACAAUAUGAUUUCAUUUUCCCGUGGAUUGGGAAAUAUACUAACGCGUAUUGCCUUCACCAACACGGGUUCAAGUGUCCAGUUAGCGAGAACACUGCAAACCACAUGUAAAUUAGAUUGUGAAAUUAAACAGCAACAACAAGAAGAAACUUCCACUGACAGUACUUUAGCAGCUGAUGGUGGUGCAACAGAGCUACAAGAGAAACGUGAAUUAACCGAACAAGAACUAAAGUUAUUACGAAAAGAUCGUUCACAAAAAAUACCGGUAGAAACAUCGAUUCGUUACUUGAAAAGUGACGCAUAUCAACAAACAUACGGCCAACAGUUUGUGUGGGAACAAUAUAGACGUAAUCACAAGGGAUUGUUUCCACCACGUCAAACUCGCAAGACCUGCAUACGCAAGGACACCAUAACAACCGGAAACCCCUGUCCCAUUUGUAGGGACGAAUAUUUGGUACUCGAUCAUCGUAACAUUGAAUUAUUGAAACAGUUUAUUUCACCACAUUCCGGCGAAGUGCUGAGUUACACCAAGACCGGCUUGUGCCAAAAGAAGCACUUGCAGUUGUUGGUUGCCGUUGAAAGGGCCAAGGACUACGGCUUGUUAACCUUUGACGUGCCCUUCCGGGAAUUCGAUUACAGUGAAUUUUACGAUAAAAAAGUUGAAUCUAAAAAUUAG